AUGGGGCACUAUGGGGCACUAUGGGGUGGUGAUGGGGCGCUAUGGGGCAGCCCCACAUCCCGUUGUGCCCCACAGGUGCGGGUGUGGGUGUUCCCCGAGGGCACGCGCAACCACAGCGGCUCCAUGCUGCCCUUCAAGCGCGGCGCCUUCCACCUGGCCGUGCAGGCGCAGGUCCCCGUGGUCCCCAUCGUCAUCUCGUCCUACCAGCACUUCUACAGCAAACGGGAGCGGCGCUUCACGGCCGGUGAGUGCGUGAUCCAGGUGCUGCCCCCGCUGCCCACGCGGGGGCUGGGCCCGGCCGAUGUUCCCGCGCUGACCGAACGCGUCCGCGCCGCCAUGCUGGACGCCUUCGAGGCGCUGUCGGCCGAGCUGCGCCCGCCGGCCGCUCCGGCCACCCCCGGUGACCAUCGGAGUGACCGCCAGAGUGACCCCCAGAGUGACCCAAGGAAUGAUCCCUGGAGUGACCCCCAGAGUGACCCACACAGCCCCACGGCCACCCCAAGCAACCACUGGAGUGACCACCGGAGUGACCCAAGGAAUGACCCCCAGAGUGACCCCUGGAGUGACCAACACAGCCCUACGGCCACCCAGAGUGACCCCCAGCGCCCCACAGAGCCCUGGGGUGACCCCCAGUAUCCGGCAGUGCCCCAGAGUGACCCCCGGAGUGACCCCCGGAGUGACCCCCGGAGUGACCCCCGGAGUGACCGCCAGCCCUGCCCGGUGGGGGCCCCGCAGUGACCCCCGGCCCUGCAGCCCCACAGCAGUGGGGCAGGGACUGACCCCCAAGUGGGGACAAACUGACCCACAAGUUGGACACGGUUUGACCCCCAAGUGUGGCCACAACUGACCCCUGAGUGGGGACAAACUGACCCCCAAGUGGGGCCUCAAGUGACCCCCAAGGGAGGCCACAACUGACCCCUAAGUGUGGCCUGGACUGACCCCCAAGUGGGGACAAACUGACCCACAACGGAGGCCACAGCUGACCCCUAAGUGGGGCCUGGAGUGACCCCUAAGUGGGGCCUGAACUGACCUACAAGUGUGGACAAACUGACCCCCAAGUGUGGCCACAACUGGCCCCUG